GAAUAUGGCGGCCUCCAUGGCCAGUGCUGGCCGCUAUGUUAUACGGCAUGGUUAUUCUAUUCCGCCGACUGUAUGCCUCACACUCCUGUGUAAAUUUCACCAAUCUGCCCCUGUUCGUAACGGGCUGCUCCAUGGGUUAAACAAACGCGGCAUUCUGAAGGACUCUUUCCCUGAGGAUGCGGCAUACGAUCGGCUCCCUGCCUUGUUGCAGUCGGGUGCUCAGACCGUCUACUGCGGCUUCGACCCCACGGCGGACAGCCUUCACGUCGGCAACCUCCUCGCCCUUAUCGGUCUCCUGCACUUCCGCAACGCCGGUCAUCAUGUCGUCGCUGUGCUCGGAGGGGCCACCGCUCAGAUCGGUGACCCGAGCGGGAAAGCAACCGAGCGACCGCGGCUGUCCCCGGACGUCGUGAAGGCGAACACCCACAGUAUCCGGGAGAGUAUCCACAGGAUUUUCACCAACCAUGAACUCAACUUCCACGACGGUUCCAAGACGCUGGGGACCGUGACCGUGCUGGAUAACCUCAGCUGGUACAAGGACUGGAGCGUGGUCCAGUUCCUCUCGGACGCCGGGAGACACUUCCGAAUGGGGACCAUGCUGAGCCGCCACAGCGUCCAGUCCAGGCUGCGGAGCGGGGACGGCAUGAGCCUGACCGAGUUCACCUACCAGGUGUUCCAGGCCUACGACUUCUACCACGUGAACCAGAUAUAUGGAUGCAAGAUCCAACUGGGAGGCACGGACCAGCUGGGCAACUUAAUGUCCGGCCAUGACUUCAUUCACAAGAUGAGCGGUGAGGAGGUGUAUGGCCUCACCAUCCCGCUGGUCACCAGCUCGGUGGGGGACAAGCUGGGCAAGACGGCGGGCAACGCCGUUUGGCUCAACCGUGACAAGACGUCGCCCUUCGAGCUCUACCAGUUUUUCCUACGGCAGCCCGACGCCAGCGUGGAAUGGUACCUGAAACUGUUCACCUUCCUGCCUCUGGCCGAGGUGGCGAGCCUGAUGGAGCAGCAGAGGGAGGAUCCUGCUAAACGACUGGCCCAUAAACGACUGGCGGCGGAGGUGACAAAGUUGGUGCAUGGGAAGGAGGGUCUUGAGAGCGCCAAAAGAUGCACCAACACUCUGUACCACAGCAGCGUGCAGGCAUUGGAGGAAAUGAGUGACUUGGAGCUGCAGGAGCUCUUCAGAGAGGCUCCCUUCCAUGAACUGCUGCUGGAACCCGGGACCACUGUCAUCGACGCGUGUCGAAGGGUCAGCGCCAUCCCAGAUGGUCCCAAAGGAUAUCGGAUGGUUGCGGAGGGAGCAGUGUGGCUCAACCACAAGAGGGCAGACAAACCCGAGCAAGUACUCAUCCCAAAGAUCCACAUCCUGGCCAAUGGACUUACGCUGCUCCGAGUGGGCAAGAAGAACUUCUACAUCAUCAAAUGGCUCAGUCUCUAAAGUGCAAGGACCAGUUUACUUGACUGGGAAUGGUGGACCACCUAAGAAGGUGCGUGGAAGUGAUCAUUUAGACAUUUUCCGCCCCAGUUUGUUUGGAUAGAAAUAUUGUACAGAGGUGAUGUUUAUCUUUAAUAACUGUGUUAAUAAAAUGUAUUUUAUUGUCGAUCUGCUCACUUUUAAUCUCCAACUAAAGUCUUGCUAGGUGAGCAGCAGGGGGCAACAUUGUACCAAACAUAAUGGAUGGUAGUGCUGGGACCCCUUCGAAAUCACUGAAUAUUUAAUAUUGACAUCUUUUUUGUUGGUGUUUUGAGCAACAAAUGUAGCAUGUAGUGUAGUGCCUUUUAAAGUUCCCGGAAGAGAACCCAUGAAUAAUAUUUAAAGGUGUGGGGAUUGUGAA